AUGGAAAUUGAAGAUCCAGAUUAUGAUGAAAUUUUAAAAGAGUCGUUUCCAUAUAAGUUAUAUGAAGAAUUGAAUAAACAGGUAGAAAAUGUAACAGAUGGUCAAUAUUGUAGUGAAUUUGAAAAUUUAAAACAAGAUUACAAAGAUAAAUCUGUUGAACUUUGUAAUAAAGUAACACAACUUUUAGAUUUUGUAGUUAAAAAGAAAAAAUCAAAAGAGUUUAAAGACUAUUGUUCACAUUAUAAAUACUGGGUAUAUCAAGAAAUAAGGAAAUUGUUUAAUGAACGCUCAUCAAAUAAUGAUAUCGCAGAAGUAAUUAAAAAAUUUAUUAAAUUACAGACUACUAUUUUCUCUAAUCACCAAAAGUAUGGUUGUUCUUUCGGCUUUGGUACAAAGGAUUUUAUAGAAUUGAAUUAUAAAAUAGAGGAAAAAUAUUUGUAUGAUUAUUUUAAAAAUUAUAAUACUAUUAAAAGUAGUGAUACAUGUUCUAAAGUUAACAAUGAUAAAUAUAAAAAAUACCUUAAAUCGAUCGUUAAAGUAUAUAAUGAUUUAAAGGAAUAUUGUUGUUUAUCAGAGAAUUGGGACUGUUCACAUUAUUUUUUGAGUUGUAAAGAUGAGUUUGAUCCGAGUAAAUUAUUAUCCGCUUUAGGAUCUGAAGAAAAAGGAAAUUGUGAUGGACUAAAAACUAUUACAGCUGUAUUCAAUGAUAAAAAAUCAGAUUCUGAGGCGUUCAGUUCAGAUUUUUUGAAAUCACUUAAUUAUGGUGCAUGUUAUAGUCCCAACAAUGGUACAUUCACAUCAGGUGAUAGAGCACAUCAAUUUUGUAAUUUAUACACAGCACCCGUACAAUUAUCUAGUAGUGUAACUAUAGUUAGAAUUAAUGAACCUCAAGGAAAUGGUGAUAGAUCCCCUGCAGGUAAUUCGAAUUCAAUGAGGGGGAAAGAUCAAGGACAAGUAAAACAAUCAAAAAGAGUUUCACCAAAAGAAGUUACAGAUGAAACAAACGAAAAUGUAGGGGAUUCAGGUAGUUACGGGGAACAUAAAAAAAAAACAUCUCCUGAUGAAGAUACACAUGUUACAUUUAGAUGGAAAUUGGAUACAAGCGGACAAUUAAAAUGUCCAACUACAAGUACAAAGAAAGCUGAAUUAGGAAUUUGUGAUUAUAUGGAGGAAUUGAUUGAAGGUGGUUUUGCUACAAAAACAAAAUCUGGGAUGUAUAGAUUGAAUAUUAAAACGAAUUGGACCACUGAUGAUUUAAGAACGUAUCGUGAAAGAAUAAGGAGUAGAAGAUCAACUCAUGAAUUAAAUACAGAUUAUUUUAAUAUAUUAAAUAACAUUUUUGUUCGUAUUUCCACUGCAGUUACUCUAGUAAUGGGAAUCAUUUUUAUAUUUUACCUUUUUUUUAAAUUUACUCCCUUCGGAUCACGUUUACGUAGACAUAGAAAAAGGCAACAAAGGUAUAGGCUUGAUUUCACCGAUUUAAGUACACGCAAACGACCAAGGCGCUUCUUAAAACGUACUUAUAGGCAUUCUGAUAGGAGGAGAUUUAACGUAUUAAAUAUAGAAGAUGAGCUUCAUUCAUCAAAAGAUUUACAAAAUAUCAACUGA